UAUUAGCUGCAACAACGGGUUACAAAAUCAGGCUUUUUGAGUUUACUUGCAUUGUGACACCCUCUAGUGAGCCUUAUGUUUUCUGUUGCUAAUCAGAGCAUGAUAAACUGUGAGUCAGUCCACAGCUGGCUUUAUGAAGCCUAAAGCAGAAAGGAGCCUGAAAGUCAGAAUUACUGCAAGAGCAGAAUAUACCAUCGACCCUUCUCACAAAGCAAGACCACCCAGCUUUAAGAUGACGAGUCUCCUGCUUGUCCUACUGUCGGUCACAUUUUCGUGCGGAUUGCCUAUUUUUUCAGGGAAACAAAGUGAAGAACAAAAAAGACAGCUGGCACAGGAAUAUCUAAAUCAGUUUUAUGAGCAGGAAAAUGAACCACAACAACGAGGCUGGAAAAGCAAUAAUUCUUCCUUUGCGGAGAAAAUCCAACAAAUGCAAGGAUUUUUUGGACUGAACGUAACUGGAAUGAUAGACGCUGACACCAUGAAAGUGAUGGAGCAACCCAGAUGUGGCGUACCUGAUAUUGGACAGUACGUCCUGGCCCUUCCUGGGUGGGAGAAAACCAAGCUUACGUACAGGAUUGUGAAUUACACCCCUGAUAUGAGACAAGCUGAUGUGGACACAUCCAUCCAAAAGGCAUUUGAAAUUUGGAGUGCAGUGACUCCUCUGACUUUCAGCAGGGUUUACGAAGAGACAGCAGACUUCUAUAUUGUGUUUGUAACUGGAGCACAUGGCAACUGUCCUCGGCGUUUUGACGGUCCUCUGGGAGUCCUCGGUCACGCGUUCCCCCCCAGCCACCCCUUCCGUGGAAAUGUCCACUUGGAUGACGACGAAAAUUGGACUGCCAGCUUAGUCCAAUUCAACCUGAUGCUUGUUGCCACUCAUGAGAUUGGCCAUGCCCUCGGCCUUGCACAUUCUGGCGACCCAAGAGCACUGAUGUUCCCCAAUUACAAACUCAUGGAGCCCAUCGAUUUCCCACUCACCCAAGAUGAUAUUGAUGGCAUUCAGGCCAUCUAUGGACCAUUGCGAAAUCCACCCAAAAAGCCAGUGAAGCCAUCAAUCCCUAAGGCCUGUGAUCCGAAAAUGACAUUUGAUGCCGUCACUACGAUGCGAAGAGAAAUGAUUUUCCUACGGGGCAGGCACCUCUGGAGAGUGUAUCCCAGUCAUUCAGAAGUUGAUUUUGAAUUGAUUUCUACCUUUUGGCCUUCUCUACCAUCUAACAUCCAAGCUGCUUAUGAAAAUAUGAAAGAUCAGCUCCUCUUUUUUAAAGAUAAUCACUUCUGGGCCUUUAGCGGAUUACAGAUGCAGCCUGGUUACCCCCAAACCAUUGACCAUUUGGGCUUCCCACAACGCAUUAAGAAAAUUGAUGCAGCUGCUUUAGAUAAAAAUACUGGGAAAACCUAUUUCUUCGUUGGUAACAAGUACUGGAGAUAUGAUGAAAAGAAUCGAUCCAUGGACAAGGGCUACCCGAGAAAAAUAAGAGAAGAUUUUCCUGCAAUUGGCCAGAAGGUUGAUGGUGCCUUUCAGCACAAUGGAUCCUUCUAUUUGUUCCGUGGGUCGAAGCAGUGGCAGUUCGAUCUGAAUGUGAAAAGAGUGAUUUGUGUCAUGAACAGCAACAGCUGGUUUAGCUGUUAGCAUUUAUAAAAAUCCAUUUCCUAUAAGGGAAGAAAACAUUAACAUUUCUGCCAGGACAUCAAGAGUUGAGUACAUCCAGAACUAUGCAAUCUUGAAUUCUGUCUUCAAAACAAAAUGCCUUUUUUCAACAGUCUGUAUUUAAUCACUAUACAUAUAAAACAGUGGCAAGACUUUAACUGCCGUUUUAUAACUGCGCUAAUGUAUCUUCCUGAGAUGUGCUGUGCAAUCCUUUACAUAUCUGCACAAGAGUAAACCCCAUUGAUUUCAAUCAGACUUCCUUUAAGAUCAGUGUGUUUAGGCUUGCAAUUUUAAUGUGUUUACAUUCUGAAUGGGCUUGCAAUAAAACCGGUUCAC